AUGGCAUCAUCAGAACAACCCGAGAACACCGAAAUCACCCUCACGGGUGCCCAAGAAACGCUGUUUGUAACACUCUACGGGCGAUGGCUGGACUUCAAUUCACCCAGACCGCUUCUAGGCGACAAAUGGUCUGCAGAAGUUGUGGCUCGAGUCCCAGGAAAGGCAGCCGAGACGGGCGACCGAGUGAGAGGAGUGCCGUCGGGAUUAGCAAUAUUCGUUCUCCGCACGCGCCUCUUCGAUAAAUGGGUAACCGAUUUCGUGACUGAGAAUAAACGCGCUACCGUUGUGCAUCUCGCAUGCGGUCUUGACACGCGCGCCUUGCGACUUCGCGACAAGUGCGGCGAUGGAGUGCGGUGGAUCGACGUUGACUUUCCAGAUGUCAUAGACUUGCGGCGGCAAAUUGAGAUACCAGAGCCUGAGUCGUCGACCACAGGUGGAUAUUCUUAUGAGAUGGUGGCAUCGUCCGUUGUUGAGACGGAGUGGUUGAAUAAAUUGCCGACGGACAGACCGACAGUUAUUGUAUUCGAAGGCUUGACAAUGUACUUGACUCCUGAAGAUGGGAAGAACCUGAUCAAGCGUCUGGUUGAACAUUUUGGGUCUGGGCAAAUGAUCUUUGAUUGCAUGCCAAGGACACAUCGCGCUUUACUGAACCUCAUGGUUUGGGUGAAGGGUCACUGGACCUUUACGUUUAAUUGGGCAAUCGACGAUCCUAAGACCUUGGAGGCGGUGCAUCCCAGGUUGAAGAUGUUGGAUAAGUUUUCUAUGUGGAAUGUUCCUGGGCUUGAGCUGCUGGCGUGGUGGAUUCGACUGGUGAUGUUUGUCGUGUCUUGGAUACCGAUUUUGAGGAACCUCUCCAUGUUUACUAGGUUUGAGUUUUGA